AUGCUCAGCGACUGUCGCAAGCUUCUCCAAAAGUUCUCCGAUUCAUGUCUGGAACAGCUCUACCCUCAAUUGCUGUUGAACGGUAAGGCUCAAGAAUAUCUUACUGCAGCCGGAAGUUUCUCAAUAGCCAAGCAGCUGCCAGAGGACCUGUCAAACACUAGGCUGGGAGGGAAUGUGGGCGAGACAGUGAUUCAAAUGCCAGAUUUAUGCAAGACCUUCGAAUUCUCCGAAAAUAUACUAGCUGGGAUUCGCGGAGCAUCUAUACCUCUCGAAAUAAAUCCUAUCAGCAUCACUCUUUACGAUAGCAACCUUCACGAAAUCGAAAUUUCUGACUCAGUGGAGCCUUUUACUGUAUUCAUUUCUAAGAAAAGUCCAUUUAAAGAGCCAAACUUUCAUGCCCUCGAUUUGACCAACACUUCGGUGCAACUAUCACAGCAGAAGACAGCUAGCGAUGGGAGUUUAAUAUACCAGCCUCUCCUAGUUUACUCUGGAAUGCAGCCAGACGGGGAGGAGUUGGCUCUGAGCAUAGAGCUUCGCCCUGAAGGCUGGAAGCAGUGUGCUCAGUUUAUUCUUGUCGUAAGGUAG